UUCCUACUUUUGCUAAAAAAAAUAUAAUUUCUGCAUUUCUCGAGCAGCAUCUGCUUAAAAAUUUGUUAAAAACAUUAAAAUUUCUUAAUUAAAAGACCAAAAAAUGGAUAAAAAUAGCGCUGCCUUAGUAAAGAAAUUGCAAUCCGAAUUGGAAGCUUACCAAAAUUUGCAAAAAACAUGUGUGAAAUUAGUCAAACAACGUACAUUAUUGGAGAGUCAAUUGAAUGAAAAUAAAUGUGUUUUGGACGAACUUAAUCUCUUGGGACCCGAUAACAAAGUAUACAAACUCUAUGGCCCUGUAUUGGUUAAACAGGAAUUAGAAGAAUCACGACAAAAUGUAGGCAAACGUAUAGAGUACAUAUCGAAAGAACUAAAAAGUUCAACUGAUACUUUGGAAAAUGUAGAAAAGGAUAUGACUAAACAUCGGGAGGCUGUGCAAAAAUUGCAACAACAAUACCAAGUAGCUGCCGCUAUGAAAUAAGAAAAUCGAAUAUGUAUAUUUUAUUAAAAAAAUAAGUUGUGUUAAUGCUUUAAGUCAAUAAUCAUAUAAAUGGAAAAGAAUUGGCAUCAAAGUUGGCUAAAAAAUAUACGUAUACAUUUUUACUUGAAA